UAAUAAUUCACUCCUUUUAAUCUGAGCUUCUGCAGUGAGACGUCUUGUGAAAAGGACCAGUGAAAAGCGAUGAAUUGUGAAUGGACAUUAUUUGGCUGUUAAUAUUUGCAGAAUAGCCUAGAAGUCCAACCACAAAGCCAAUCUAGACAUACUAAGUGGGGGUCUGCAGUAUAUGAAUUUGUGUAGUUAUGGGUCACAUCAGGUUUCUCCUCACAUUCCUUUCAACCCUGGCCUCAGUCACGACCAUUUCUGGCUGUUACUGUGAUCAUUAUGCAUGGAGCUCGUGGUCCUAUUGCACCAGGACUUGUAACCAGGGGACUCAGGAACGCAGAAGAAAUGUCCGGUAUGACGAGCACUGGCUCAAGAACAAUUGUGGCCAGCUGUGCCAGAUACAUGAACACCGGACAUGUAAUGUGGAAGCGUGUCCCAUAAACUGCCAACUGACUGAGUUUGGACCCUGGUCAGAGUGUUCACCCUGUGCCAAAAAAAUGUUCAGAACCAAGUCUGUCCUGAGGCCAGCUCAGUUUGGGGGACAGGACUGCAGUGAACCUCUGAUGGAGGAACGACCUUGUCAUCCUUCUAAAGAAUGCGCAAUUGAAAAACGCAACUGCAAGGACAAAUUCUCCUGUGAUAACGGCAGAUGUAUAAAAGCUAUUCUUGAGUGUAACGGCCAGAACGACUGCCUGGACAACUCUGAUGAGAAGAACUGUGGACAAAUCAAGCGAGUGUGUGCUACAGAAAGACUGUUUUACGUUCUUCCUGGAGUGGAUCUGAUCGGCAAUGGGUUUGAUGCUGUUGCAGAGCAGAUGAGGGGCGCUGUCCUAGACAACUCCUUCAUGGGAGAUGAAUGUGUCGUGAACCGCAGCAAAGCAAACAGGAAAAUCUACCGAAUCCCAGCCAACAUCGAGAGCUAUGAAAUCAGUGUGGAAACACUUGAGGAUAUUAAGGAGAACCUACUAGUGCAAACUCAGCAGGUCACUUCACACAGUCAGACACAUUCUAAACAGACUGGUCAACGCGACUCUUCCUGGGGAAUUCCCAUUUUCCUGAGCCACAUCCAAAACUCUCAAAAGUCUGGAUCCUUCAAGGAAGAAAUCAGUGCACUUCAAAAAAAGGACUCUGAGUAUUUCAGGCUACACCAAGAAAUAGCCACGUCCACUUUCAGAACAAAAUCAUCUGACCUGUACCUAUCGCACCCCUUCCUGACCUUCCUCAACAGCCUACCUCUGGACUACAACUAUGCCCUCUACAGGCAGAUCUUUCAGCAGUUUGGGACCCACUACUUUAGUUCUGGUACAGUGGGAGGGCAGUACAAUCUGCUUUUCCAGUAUGAUCGUCAAGAGCUCAAGACUCGGGGUUUUACGAAGGAGCAGACGAAUAACUGCAUCCAAAAAGAUUUUUCCGUCUACUUAUUCAUUUAUUAUACAAGAUCACAUAGUAAUAGAUGUGGUACCAACACACAGACCACCUCAUAUGAAGGAUCAUUCUUGCAGACAUCAGAGAAAUCCAUAUCAUCAGUGAAAGGAGGACGAUCGGAGUACGCUGCAGCUCUGGCCUGGGAAAAGAAAGGUGCUCCACCAGACAGCGUGACCUACAAGGACUGGGUCAAAUCUACUAUAGACAACCCCACUGUCAUAGACUAUGAGCUGAAGCCCCUGGUGGAUCUUGUACGUGACAUUCCCUGUGCCGUCACUAAGAGGCGACACAUGCGGAAGGCUCUGGAUGACUAUCUGGCAUCCUUUGACUCAUGUAAAUGUGCCCCGUGUCCCAACAAUGGCCGUCCCACCUUGUCAGGGACAGAGUGUUUGUGUCUCUGCCAGACUGGAACCUACGGAGACAACUGCGAGAAGCGGGCCAAGGACUACACUUCAGAGGCAGUUGAUGGCUAUUGGAGCUGCUGGAGCUCAUGGAGUGCCUGUGACUCCAACUUAAGGAAGCAGCGCACUCGCUCCUGUAACAACCCUGCCCCUCAGAAAGGAGGGAAACCCUGCCAAGGCCCUGAUCACCAGGUGGAGGAGUGCACCAUCUCAAUCUUCCAACACAAGGAUGUGUGCAUCAACGACGAUGACUUUGAGUCUGAGGGAGACAGUGAGAGCGUUCUGCCUCCGGGAGCUUCAGGCUGUGCCAAACCCAAACCUCCUGCCCACAGCUACCUGAGGAUCAAUAAGCGAGUGUAUGAUCAUGGAGAUCAUGAGGAGUUUGUGUGCUUCUCUGGUUUCGAGCUGGAUGGUUACCAGCUCAUUCACUGUAAGCAGGAUGGAACGUGGGAAGAGGCAAAGGGCAGCUGCAUCAAGAGGGUUUGCUCCAGACCUGAAGUGCCAAAUGACAUGAACAUAAGUCCAAGCAGAGAGGAGUAUAAUAUUGGCUCCAGUUUCUUUCUGAGCUGCUCGGGCAGUACCACGAGCCCAUCAGGACCACGUUACUACACCUGCACUAACUCCCUCACCUGGGACCCGUCCAUUCCUGAUGACAUACAGUGCAAAAAUGAUGAGCCCUUUAUACCAGACAGCAGCUGUGGGCUGGGAGAGAGGCGUGUGGGUUCCACAUGUGUCUGCAUUCCUCGAGAAGACUGCAGGAAGUAUGCGAAUGACAUGUGUGCUUUGGACGUGGCAAAAGGCAGCACCGUGAUGAUGUCCGUCUGCUCCUUUCAUGCCGGCCGUUGCCAUGGAGACAAGUUGAACUUCAUUAGUGAUGGUCCAUGUGAAGGUGAAGCGGAAUGGGCCAUAUUCAGGGCAAGCAUUUCUGAGAAGAGCUCGGCGCAGAAGCCGUGUGGAUCAGACACCUGUUACGAGUGGGAGACCUGCUCAGCCUCGGGUAAUUGUGUGUGCAAAUCUCCCAGAGCCUGUCCAAAGACCGAGGGACAAACCUACUGUGUGAAUAUUGUGAGACUUCAGCGUCAGCGGACCUUGGAUCUGUGUAACUUGGCUGCCUUGAAGUGCAGUGGCAUAGACUUGGGAAUUCUUCAUGAAGGUGAAUGUUCUGGGUGAACCCAGAAAUUGAUUCAUACUCGAUAUUUACACACAGAAUGGCGGAGCCUCUGAUGUAUCUGUCCCCUAUAUAGACCUGAUCACACAGCAUUUUCUACCGAUAUCAUCAAGCACUGAGCUUACCUUUUAUACACAUUUUCACUUUGAAUUACUUGUAAUUUAACAGUUAUGUCGAACACUAUUGUGAAUAAACUUAUUUUCAACAGUCA